UACACUUUUCCAAAUUCUGGAAAUCACACGUGUGUCUUCCUCGUGGUGAGUUCUUUGGAGCAUCUGCAUCUUUGCUCUCUCCAGGCUCGGCACGAGGAGGUGUCCAAUCUACUCGUGGAGAAGACAACAAUAAACUUCCUGGUGAACCGGAAGUCUCUUCCCCCCAGCCUCGAAUGGUUCCCGCAGGGGAUAUUCACAGCCCGUCCUGCCCUGUUCCGCACGCCGUCCCAUCAUGCCUGCUUGCCGGGGGCUGAGCCAGAGCUGUGCCUGGCUUCCCGCCCCCCAGUGGUGUUGGAUGAGCUUGUGGCCCAGCGCACAGCACCAGUUUCCAAAGCCCAGUAGAUUUGGGAGUUUGGUUUGAGCCUCCCUGAUAAUCAACAAGCAAAUCCAGAGUGGAGGCCAGAAGUUGUUGUUCGUGCAGGACACAGGGGAUUCAAAUUGUGGCAGGAACCUCUGAGCCAAUGUAAGCAAAAGCAGGAAACUUAUUUGAUGACUGUGGGGAUGCUCUACAAGCUCCAAGAGCAGGAAGAUAGCCAGUCUUAAGAAGUCCUGGAACCACAGAGUAGAAUGCCUUGAAGACUCUCUGUUCGUCUUUUGGUCUGAUUGCCUUCUCCCUCAGCAGACCAGCUCUCCCUGCUGCUGUGAGUACAAGAAGGGCAAAAGAUGGCUGCCUCAGAGUUCCCAAGUCGCUGGAGAACCUGUCUUCUUCCUCAGCCCCAUGCCAAAUUCCCAGGGAAGGAGCCCUCACUGACUUGCCAGGGUCAGGUGAUCAGCUCUGGCCCAAAGUGGUUGGAUCCUUUUGAACAAACAUGGAGGCUGGUACCCACAGGGGUAAAUCACGGAGACAGUUGAGAGCACCAUUGUUUUGGCAGUUAACCAUGGACCCCUCCCCGCCCAGGGGGUCUACUUUAGCCUCUCCCACUUUCCUGAGGCUGCUGGCAAGACUCCCCGGCAGACCACAGAAUCGGCUGCCCCCUGCCGUGCCUGAUAUUAGGAGACACUAACUUCACUACCUGAGGCUAAAGUUCCCCCUGACAUUGCCCUGCUCAGGCCAGGGUCUAGGUGGGUGUCCAAGACCAGCCUGUGGCUUGUCCUUGAGAACAAGAAGCAGGGUUGGCAGUAAAGUUUGGAUUGUCUGAAGGUGGUCUGGUUCUCCGUGAACUCUAGGAACAGACCAUGGUGUUUGGCUCUCCCCACGGGGGUUUCCAACGGAGCUGCUCUGGAGCUGACCCAGCACAGAAAAUCAUCAGGUGACCUUGAGCCGCAAAACUGCUGUCCACGUGGACUGGGGCCGACAUUGCACGUCCAUCUGCCAGGACCCCUGCAUCCAGACUUCGAGACAUGGCAACCAACGGCAGCAAGGUGGCCGAUGGGCAGAUCUCCACGGAGGUCAGCGAGGUCCCCGUGGCCAAUGACAAGCCCAAAACCCUGGUGGUCAAGGUGCAGAAGAAGGCGGCGGACCUUCCAGACCGGGACACGUGGAAGGGCCGCUUCGACUUCCUCAUGUCCUGCGUGGGCUACGCCAUCGGCCUGGGCAACGUCUGGCGGUUCCCCUAUCUCUGCGGAAAAAACGGCGGCGGCGCCUUCCUGAUCCCCUACUUCCUGACGCUCAUCUUUGCGGGGGUCCCACUCUUCCUGCUGGAGUGCUCCCUGGGCCAGUACACGUCCAUCGGGGGCCUGGGCGUGUGGAAGCUGGCCCCCAUGUUCAAGGGUGUGGGCCUUGCCGCCGCUGUGCUAUCAUUCUGGCUGAACAUCUACUACAUUGUCAUCAUCUCCUGGGCCAUCUACUACCUGUACAAUUCCUUUACCACGACACUGCCAUGGAAACAGUGUGACAACCCCUGGAACACAGACCGCUGCUUUUCCAACUAUAGCGUUGUCAACACCACCAACAUGACCAGCGCCGUGGUGGAGUUCUGGGAGCGCAACAUGCAUCAGAUGACAGACGGGCUGGAUAAACCAGGUCAGAUCCGCUGGCCUCUGGCCAUCACCCUGGCCAUCGCCUGGAUCCUUGUGUAUUUCUGUAUCUGGAAGGGUGUUGGCUGGACUGGAAAGGUGGUCUACUUCUCAGCCACGUAUCCCUACAUCAUGCUGAUCAUCCUGUUCUUCCGCGGAGUGACACUGCCCGGAGCCAAGGAGGGAAUCCUCUUCUACAUCACGCCCAACUUUCGCAAGCUGUCGGACUCCGAGGUGUGGCUGGAUGCAGCUACCCAGAUCUUCUUCUCCUAUGGGCUGGGCCUGGGAUCCCUGAUCGCACUGGGGAGCUACAACUCUUUCCACAACAAUGUCUACAGGGACUCCAUCAUCGUCUGCUGCAUCAAUUCGUGCACCAGCAUGUUCGCAGGAUUUGUUAUCUUCUCCAUCGUGGGCUUCAUGGCUCAUGUCACCAAGAGGUCCAUUGCUGAUGUGGCGGCCUCCGGCCCCGGGCUGGCGUUCCUGGCGUACCCAGAGGCAGUGACCCAGCUGCCCAUCUCUCCCCUCUGGGCCAUCCUCUUCUUCUCCAUGCUGCUCAUGCUGGGCAUUGACAGCCAGUUCUGCACGGUGGAGGGCUUCAUCACUGCCCUGGUGGACGAGUACCCCAGGCUGCUCCGCAACCGCAGGGAGCUCUUCAUCGCCGCCGUCUGCAUCGUCUCCUACCUGAUCGGCCUCUCUAACAUCACCCAGGGGGGCAUUUAUGUCUUCAAGCUCUUUGACUACUACUCCGCCAGUGGCAUGAGCCUGCUGUUCCUCGUGUUUUUUGAAUGUGUCUCCAUUUCCUGGUUUUACGGUGUCAACCGAUUCUAUGACAACAUCCAAGAGAUGGUUGGCUCCAGGCCCUGCAUCUGGUGGAAGCUCUGCUGGUCCUUCUUCACCCCUAUCAUUGUGGCGGGUGUGUUCAUUUUCAGUGCUGUGCAGAUGACCCCUCUCACCAUGGGAAGCUAUGUUUUCCCCAAGUGGGGCCAGGGCGUGGGCUGGCUCAUGGCCCUGUCUUCCAUGGUCCUCAUCCCCGGGUACAUGGCCUACAUGUUCCUCACCUUAAAGGGCUCCCUAAAGCAGCGCAUCCAGGUUAUGAUCCAGCCCAGCGAAGACAUUGUCCGCCCUGAGAAUGGUCCGGAGCAGCCCCAGGCCAGCGGCUCUGCCAGCAAAGAGGCCUACAUCUAGGGGUGCGGGGUGGCUCGCCCACCCACACUCUCACCCCCACCCCUGCUGCACACGACCAC